AUGGAGCUGGUAGAUCACGUGAGAAUGCUGAAUAAACACUUGCACGACACUGACAGCAAAACUGGUCUGGAGAUUGUGGACCCCGGACAAGUGAUCUACAGAGAAACCAGGACUAAUGGUGUGGUGGACAAAGGAGUGAUUCUGGAAUGUGGCCCGACCCUCCCCGACAUCUACAUCUGGAGCUUCACCAAACCAGGAACCGAAACGAUCCGAGCCGUGGUGUAUAAUUUUGGAAAGGGUCCGAAGCUGCAGCAGCUGGCGAAAGAUCUGGGUGACCUGAACGUCAUCAGUAACAGCGCAUCUCUGUCCAUAGAGAAGCUUCCACUAGCUGCAGAGGGUUUGUACACCUGCCAGGCCUUGUACGACUCUGCUGAUGGAGCCAAACUUUACUACUAUUAUGUGCAUCUCCGGGUUCUGGUUCCUGUAUCCAAACCCUUCAUCCUGUUAAGCGAUACUUCACCAGUAGAGGGCGCGUCUGUGUGGAUGCGCUGUGGCCUGGAGAACGGCACCGGCCCCAUUCAGUACGUCUGGGAGCAGGAGAGUCGGAGUGGGGUGGUCACCACGGUGGCUGAAAGCGACACCAGUCUCAUCAAUAUCACUUGGGUUAGCCGGAACCACACGGGCUGGUUCAGGUGCCUGGCUAAAAAUGAGGUGAACCAGCAGAGCGGUGACCGGAUCUGGCUGGACGUCAUAUAUGGUCCGGACCUGCCCCAGAUUGACGUGACUCCCUACUCGGUGACAGAUCGGGGUUACUCAGCUUUGGAACGAGAAACUGUUUCCCUUCUGUGCCAGGCCUCGUCCAACCCUCCCAGUCAGUAUGUCUGGUUCUACAACAACUCCCAGAUGUACACCGGACCUCAGCUCACAAUCACCAAGAUCCUGAGAAUGCACACCGGCAACUACGCAUGUCUGGCCCAGAACACUUACCUCAACACUCGGUCCAGGAAGACCAUCACGCUCACCGUCUACUAUCCACCAGAUGGUUCUCCAUCUUGUUCCAUCUUACCAGCUAAUAACUACAAUGACUUGGGUCUCUUUUGCUCAUGGGUGGGUGGUUACCCUCCGGCGACCGUUCACUGGAGUCCGUUUGUGAGUGUAGACUCAGAGGGCAUCGAUAACGUGACUGUGAUUCAGCCCGGACCCGUUACUACUAACAACUCUGUGUUCACCUGCUUUGGUUCACAUGUCGCAGUGAACGCUCCACAGCGCUGUACCGCCAAGACGUGGCUUCCGUACGGUGAACCCCAGUGUUUUGCAUAUGCGACUCGUAACAACGAGUACCUGAUGCUGUCCUGCUCCUGGGAGGGCGGCUUCCCUCGCGCCCUUCUCUGGUGGGUUUCCAGUUCAGAGGGCAAGCAGGGUACAUCUGAGGAGAACUCCAACAUCCUGGUCCUGCGCUCCAGUGCCACCUACAGUGGGAAAGCGUUUGUGUGCCAUGCAAAGCAUCCGCUGGCUAAAGAGACCAAGCAGUGCGUGUUGAGACUGGAGGCGCCGGUGUUGAUGACUCAGCGCAGUGUGGUUUCAGUCUACGAGGGAAACGACAUCCAGCUCACCUGCAUCCUGAGCAAGAACUACCCGGCGGUGACAGAAAUCACCUGGUACAAUAACAUGAAACAGAAGGUGGGUGACACACCCCAAAAGUACGUCCUUCAGCAAGCUGCAGCCUGGUCCAACCUGACCGUGCGAGAGACGGAUGGCACAGUGGACAGCGGGCAGUACUGGUGUUCGGCUACCAAUGCUGUCGGAGGAGCCGAGAUCCCCAUCUUACUGCUGGUGAUGAGGUACCCAGUGCCGCCGAACGUCACCAUCAGUAAGAUCUUAUACAGCAGCCGUCGGAGGACAGACGUAACGGUGGAAUGGCUGGUUCAGACAGACGCCGACCUCACUGGGUUUUUCAUCGAGCGCCAAAGUCGUCCUUUGCCACUUUGGCAGAAAGUAGUACCCGAUCUGGAUCCCAGCACCCGGAGCUACCAGAUCACCGAUUUGAAUCCCACUGGCAUGAAUGAAUUCCGCGUCACGGCUGUAAAUCACCGCACAGUUGGACACCCUUCUGAGAGCAGAAGUCCAGCUCUCCCGGGCUUUAAUGCUUAUCCUGCAGUUAUUGGAGCUGCUGUUGGAGGGAUGCUCAUCGCGACGAUAAUCACCAUACUGCUCUUCAUGUACGUGGUGCGGAAUCGUAAUAAUAACCCACGACUUCAUGAUUUGAUAUUUGGCCGGCAAAACAGCCAGUCCAGAGAAAAUAUCAGCUCCCCUGAGGACGAAGCUGUCGAAGGAGCAGAAGGAGCUGAAGUUGGAGGAGAAAGUUCAGGACCAUCUGUGGUGCUGCCACGACCCACUGCAACCCCAACCAACCUGCCUCCAGGAGAUGAACCAGUCAACGUCACCAUUACAGUCAUGGCCUCAAACUAGACCUGGUACAAACCAGUAAACCAACUAAAGAACCAUGACAUAAAGAGUCAGUUCAGCUAAAAUCUAGUCUAGGGUUUAAAGAUUAAUGGUGGAUCAGUAACGUGUUUUAUGUUUCCAUGAUCAGCUAACAAGCUUCAUAUAUUUCUACUUUCAAAGACACUUGGUUCUAAGUUUUGUUUCUUUUGUACAAUGUAUAAUAACAAUAAACGUCUUCACCUCACACUACACUCGUAAGAGACACAAAUGGGCGAAAGUAUGUGGACACCCCCUCUAAUUAUUGAGUUCAGGUGUUUCAGCCACACCCAUCGGUAACAGAAGUAGUUUAUUUAUUUAUUUAUUUAAAUGUUUUACACCGUGUUUACACUAUCAGUCUAUAGUCUUGUCAAGCUUUGUUUUAGCGUGUUGUUUUUAUAUGCGUUCUUUUGGCUAGUUUUUGGUAAAGCUAUACAUUGUCGUUCUGGUAAAGAGGUAUUUGUUAGUCAUAAUGUUAUGCCUGGUCGGUGUAUGUUUACUAAAAUACACACAUACAUGUUGCAUCACAAAUAUUGGAAAACAGGGCCAGUGAUAGCUCAGUGGUUAAGGUACUGGACUAGUAAACAGAAGGUUGCCGGUUCAAGCCUCACCACCACCAAGUUGCCACUGUUGGGUCCCUGAGCAAGGCCCUUAACCCUCAAUUGCUCAUUGUGUAAGUCGCUUUGGAUAAAAGCGUCUGCUAAAUGCUGAAAAUGUAA